GAACUACCUGUGCCAAUAAAAUUCUGUGUUACCAGUGUUUGCUGUGCUUCUAACUCGUGUUCAUAAAUUUUAUUUAAAACUCCGAAAAAAAUCGUAUGACUCUUUUGUCGGCUUUUUAAAAAUGUUGUCUUUCAUACCUCGAUCGCUCAGAUCAGUGACAGCAAAUGCUGGUCACAAGACAAUUCUGAACCAGAUACCAAGAACUUUAAAUGCAGAGGACCAACACAAGAGGCAUCUCACAGGAGACGUUAUUUCUCCAGGUCAAGUCAUGGGAAUUGAGCAUCUAAGGGAUCCUCGUUUGAACAAGGGGUUAGGAUUUACAUUAGAAGAACGUCAAGCACUAGGUAUACACGGUUUACAGCCAGCCCGUUUUAAGACCCAAGAACAACAACUAGAACUCUGUAGGAUAUCCGUCGAAAGAUACCAAGAAGAUUUAAACAAAUAUAUCUACCUCACCGAAUUACAAGACAGAAACGAAAAACUAUUCUUUAGGCUGUUAUCCGAAAAUAUUGAGACGUUGAUGCCGAUCGUUUAUACUCCUACUGUCGGGUUGGCUUGCCAGAAGUUUGGAUUGAUUUACAGAAGACCUAGAGGGUUAUUUAUUACGAUUAAUGACAUUGGGCACGUCUACGAUGUCGUUAAAAAUUGGCCCGAACCAGAUGUAAAAGCUGUGGUCGUCACAGAUGGUGAAAGAAUAUUAGGUCUCGGCGAUCUUGGUGCUUGCGGCAUGGGUAUUCCUGUAGGAAAGCUGGCCUUGUACACAGCUUUAGCUGGAAUUAAACCUCAUGAAUGUCUACCGGUAGUACUAGACGUCGGCACCAAUAAUCAGACUCUCCUUGAAGAUCCUCUGUAUGUUGGACUUCGUCAGAAAAGAUCAACCGGAAAAUUGUACGACGACUUUCUGGAUGAAUUCAUGGAAGCAAUCGUGACGCGUUAUGGUCAGAACACUUUAAUUCAAUUUGAAGAUUUUGGUAACCACAAUGCCUUCAGAUUCCUUAACAAAUACCGAGAACAGUAUUGUACUUUCAAUGACGAUAUUCAGGGCACUGCCAGUGUAGCAGUAUCUGGAUUAUUGGCCUCCAAAAGACUUACAAACAAAAAACUCAGUGACAACAAAUUCCUGUUCCUGGGAGCCGGAGAAGCGGCCAUAGGUAUCGCCGAUUUGACGGUCAAAGCAUUAGAAAAUGAAGGAUUAAGUACAGAAGAAGCCAGGGACAAAAUUUGGAUGGUUGACAUCGAUGGAUUGUUAGCAUUGGAAAGGCCCGAAGGUAAUUUGGAUGGCCACAAGAAGUAUUACGCUAAAAAUCACGCUCCCAUCAAAGACUUCGCCGCCAUUGUUAACGAAAUUAAACCGUCGAUAUUAAUAGGAGCUUCCGCUGCUGCAGGUGCAUUUACACCGGAAAUUUUAAAGAAUAUGGCUGCUUUUAAUGAAAGACCAAUUAUUUUUGCUCUCAGUAAUCCGACAAGUAAAGCUGAGUGUACCGCUGAACAGGCGUACGUUAAUACAGAGGGCCGUGCGAUAUUCUCCAGUGGCUCUCCCUUCGGCAAAGUCCACUAUCAGGACAAAGUAUUCCAACCGGGUCAAGGCAACAACGCUUACAUCUUCCCAGGAGUGGCUUUAGGAGUAAUCCUCGCAGGAAUCCACCAUAUUAACGAACAAAUUUUCUUGAUAGCCUCAGAAACAGUAGCCAAUAACGUUUCAGACGAUGACCUUAAGAGAGGUAGUUUAUAUCCUCCUCUAGGAUCGAUCAGAGAGUGUUCCAUGCAAAUAGCUUGUGAAAUAUUGGAAUAUGCCUACAAAGAACGUAUCGCUUCAGUGUAUCCAAAACCAAAAGACAUGAGAAAAUAUAUCGAAAGCCACCAAUACAACUACAACUACGAACCUUCCCUACCACAAAUUUGGCCCUGGCCCAACCCACCUUACAUCAAAACUAGACCAAUGGAACCGACGAAACUUAAAGCCUAGUCAAAAUUUUAGUUAGAAAUCCUCCACCAUUAUAGCUAUAAGAUAAAUUAUUUUCUUUUUUAUGUAUAAAUUAAUUGUUUUAUAUUUAAGAGUUAUUUAUUUUGUUGGCGAUUGUACAUAAUAUUAUGUAUGAUAAGGUCUGGCCCAAAUCUUAAGACAUACUAGAAAUUUUUUUAUUAUAUUUUUAGCGGGGAUAAAAUGGGGAAAUUUAGGAGUAUAACGUGAGUUAAAUCACGUCAUCUGUCAGUUGUCAAUGAAUACGUCAAGUACUGUAAUCAUGAAAGCAAGAGAUUAUUUUUAAAAAUGCUGAAAUAUUAUGUAAAAAAGCUAUUUUUAAAUUUGUAUGCAUCCCUAAUACAUUCAGUCUUCAUAAAAACAGGAUUUAAAAUAAGUUUUUAAUAAAGAAUAAUAAAGAAAAAACGAUAAAUUCUUGUUGAGGACGAAAUAUGGUAUUUUCUGGUACUGCUCUUUUAUAAUAUCCCACAUUUCUAAAUUUGUGUUUUUUGACUACAUGAUGAAUUCAAUUAAAUAAAUUUUUAGCUGUAACAGUU